AUGCCUCCCCCUCAACAAGGCAAUUACGAUCCCCCCCGUCCUAGAUUUGAGAAGAAGCCUGCUAGAAUUUUCACUCCGCUUAUUGAAAGCCGAACAAAGUUGUUCGAACGAUUAACUGCGGCAGGAUAUAUUCACCCAGUGGGGCCCAAGCUGGUUGACACUAGCUCAAAGUUUUACAGACCUGAUCAGAGGUGCGCGUAUCACUCCAACAGUGUUGGUCAUGAUACCGAGGACUGUAUCAACCUAAAGCAUAAGAUCCAAGACCUAAUUGACCAGAACAUGGUCUCUCUUCAGACAGUCGCGCCCAAUGUCAAUAACAAUCCUUUGCCAAAUCAUGGAGGCGCUACUAUCAAUAUGAUAGAGAUAGAUGAUGACUGGUGUGUGGCGAAGACAAUAGUUUCGAUUGCCCCUGAUGAACUGGAAAGGGCUGUAGCUUCGUUGAGCAUCAGACAGAAGAAAGAGUUUGUGAUUCUGAUACCCGAGAAGGCUGUUGCCUUGGUGCCACGAGAAACUCUUACCCAACCAAAGUUUGUGAUUGAAACGGCUGCCACCCAAGGUAUGACCAGAUCCGGCAGGUGCUACACACCUGAAGAGUUAGCUCAAGGAGGGCAGAAGAAGGAUCAGACUAAAAGGCCGAUCAGUGAAGCUGAAGUCGAAGAGUUCUGGAGGAAGAUGCAGCCGAAAGAUUAUUCAAUUGUGAAGCAUUUGGAGAAGACACCAACACAUAUUUCUGUGUGGGCUUUAUUAAUGAGUUCACAGUUGCAUAGACAGGCUUUGAUGAGAGCUUUGGAUGACACUUAUGUGCCUGUGAGUACUAACAGCGACAAUCUAGCAGCCAUGAUACACCAGGUCAUUUGGGGACAUCGAAUCAGCUUUUGUGACGAAAAGUUGCCCUUUGAAGGGAGGAUGCACAACAAAUCUAUGCACGUCACCAUCAAGUGCCGGGAAAAAGUUAUAAAUCAUUUUUUGGUCGACGAUGGGUCCGGUCUCAACAUAUGUCCGCUUUCAACUCUCAAGCAGCUGAAAUUCGACUUGGGAAAGGUUCAACAAAACCAGGUCAAUGUGAGAGCUUUUGAUGGAGUACAAAGAGACACGAUAGGGGCAGUAAAUUUGGAUGUUCAAAUGGGGCCUGCAGAAUUCAAUGUGGAGUUUCAUGUGUUGGACAUCAAUACCAGCUACAAUUUGCUUCUGGGAAGGCAGUUUAUCCACAUGGCUGGGGCUGUGCCUUCUACCCUUCACCAAUUGAUGAAAUUUGUUUGGAAGGAUCAGGAAUUGGUCAUUCAUGGUGAGGGGAGUCAUUCCUAUGGGUAUGCGCCGGUCGUUCACGAGGUUUCUCGAGGUUGUGAUUUCUACACGGUGGAGCUGGUAAAUGCCACCGGUGAUGAUUUGGCUCCGCAACCUCUUAUGCCUGUCGUGUACAAGAUGAUUGCUGCUGUUAUACUCCAGAAUGGUUUCGAACCAGGUUUUGGAUUGGGGAAGCAUUUCCAAGGAAUCGUCGAGCCUAUCCAAAUUCCCGCCAAAGGAGCAAAGUUUGGUUUGGGAUAUGUCCCAACAGAUGACGAAGCAGAGAUGAAGAACAAGAAUGUUGACCAAGCAUUGGUCAGGCCAAUUCCUCAUCUGUACCAGUCAUUUCCGGUACGAGAAAAUGUCAACGAUGGUGGUCUCGGGGAAAGAAUCUGGGGCCUUUUUGAGGAGAUUGAUGCGGUCAUCGAGGAAGAGGCUGGGACAUCAGGCAUCCGCGAUGCAGAACCUGAAGAGCAAUUGCAGAACUGGACCUCCACACCACUCCUGAUUUCCCGCUCAUCUGGGUAG